GAAUGCACGGGGGAAGGAGAGGACUGGUGGCGCCGCAGAACACUUUUUUGGAAAACAUCGUCCGACGCUCCAGCGAGACCAGUUUCCUCUUGGGUAAUGCCCAGAUCGUUGAAUGGCCUAUAGUGUACAGUAAUGACGGAUUCUGCAAACUGUCUGGCUACCACAGGGCCGAGGUCAUGCAGAAGAGCAGCACCUGCAGUUUUAUGUACGGCGAACUGACAGACAAGAAGACAAUAGAGAACGUCCGGCAGGCGUUUGAUAACUAUGAGUCUAAUUGCUUUGAAGUGCUGCUCUAUAAGAAAAACCGGACUCCAGUGUGGCUCUACAUGCAGGUGGCCCCGAUUAGGAAUGAAAAUGAUAAAGUGGUUCUUUUCCUAUGCACCUUCAAGGAUAUAACCGUCUUCAAACAACCCAUUGAGGAUGAGACCACUAGAGGAUGGACCAAGUUUGCAAGACUGACCAGGGCUCUAACCACCAGUCGUGGCACCCAUCAGCAACUUGCACCCAUAAACAAGACUGAAGUCAGUCAUAAGCCUUCACGACUGGCUGAGGCUCUUCAGUUAGGCUCGGACAUCCUUCCGCAGUACAAGCAGGAAGCUCCUAAAACCCCUCCUCAUAUAAUCCUGCACUACUGCACCUUCAAGACCACUUGGGAUUGGGUCAUUCUCAUUCUCACCUUUUACACUGCCAUCAUGGUGCCAUAUAACGUCUCAUUCAAGACUAAGCAGAACAACCUGGCAUGGUUGGUGGUGGACAGCGUGGUAGAUGUCAUCUUCUUAGUGGAUAUUGUGCUUAAUUUUCACACCACAUUCGUGGGCCCUGGAGGGGAGGUCAUAUCGGAUCCUAAACUCAUACGUAUGAACUACAUGAAGACUUGGUUUGUCAUAGACUUGCUCUCCUGCCUACCCUAUGACAUCAUCAACGCCUUUGAGAAUGUGGAUGAGGGUCUGAGCAGCCUUUUCAGUUCACUGAAGGUGGUGCGUCUUCUGCGAUUGGGCCGUGUGGCUCGGAAACUUGACCACUAUCUGGAGUAUGGAGCUGCUGUCCUGGUUCUCCUUGUCUGCGUCUUUGGCUUAGUGGCUCAUUGGCUCGCCUGUAUUUGGUAUAGCAUUGGCGAUUAUGAGGUCAUCGACGAAGCCACCAACACUAUUAAGACGGACAGCUGGCUCUAUCAGUUGGCGAACAGCAUUGGCACACCUUAUCGUUACAAUGUCAGUGGAUCGGGGCAUUGGGAGGGAGGUCCCAGUAAGGACACCCUGUACAUAUCAUCACUCUACUUCACCAUGACCAGCCUCACUACUAUUGGCUUUGGUAACAUCGCUCCUACCACGGAUGGGGAAAAGAUCUUCUCUGUGGCCAUGAUGAUGGUGGGCUCUCUUUUAUACGCCACAAUCUUUGGAAAUGUGACCACCAUCUUCCAGCAGAUGUAUACCAACACCAACCGCUACCAUGAGAUGCUGAACAAUGUGCGGGACUUUCUGAAGCUUUAUCAGGUGCCCAAAGGCCUGAGCGAGAGAGUAAUGGACUACAUUGUGUCCACAUGGGCCAUGUCGAAAGGCAUCGAUACAGAGAAGGUGCUGUCCAUCUGCCCUAAAGACAUGCGUGCAGACAUCUGCGUACACCUAAACCGCCAGGUGUUCAACGAACAUCCUGCCUUUCGGCUGGCAAGCGACGGCUGUCUGCGCUCCCUGGCCGUGGAGUUUCAGACGACACACUGCGCACCUGGAGACCUCAUCUUCCACGCUGGCGAGAGUGUUGACACGCUCUGCUUUGUGGUGUCAGGAUCCCUGGAAGUCAUUCAGGACGAGGAAGUUAUUGCUAUUCUAGGUAAGGGUGAUGUUUUUGGUGAUGUGUUCUGGAAGGAGACCACACUCGCUCACGCAUGCGCCAACGUUCGGGCACUGACUUACUGCGACCUGCACGUGAUUAAAAGAGAGGCUCUGCUUAAGGUGCUGGAGUUCUACACGGCCUUUGCCAACUCCUUCUCCCGCAACCUCUUCCUCACCUGCAACCUCCGGAAACGGAUUGUCUUUCGGAAAAUUGCUGAUGUAAAAAAGGAGGAGGAGGAGAGAAGACAACAGAAGAACGAGGUGACACUCUCCAUCCCUGUGGACCACCCAGUACGCAAACUCUUCCAGAAGUUCAAACAGCAGAAGGAGAUGAGAGCAGACCUAGAGAGAAACCAAAUCCACAUGGAGCACCAGCUCCAUCCACUGCACCAACAACAGCACCAUUAUCAUCAGUCCCAAUACCAGGUGCAUCACACACAUAAUCAUGGACCCCCUAUGCAAAAUGGUGCCCCCAGGUCAGGUGGAGGUUAUGGUAACGGUGGCCCCACUGUUGUUACGGUCUCACAAAUAACACCAGUUCGGAGAUCACUGGCUUAUGUUCAAACAGAGGACUCCAGCAGGAGAGGGUGCCAUGAGGCGUUGGAGCUUAAGCCCAGCCUCAAGGUGGCAGAACAGAACUGUCUCAAGGUCACCAGCCCUGUCCAUCCCAGAGGAGGUGGAGUUGGACGGGGCUGGAUGCGUCUCAGGAACUCAGGGUCUGGAGCUUCACUCGCUCCACCAUCUACACCAGAUCAGCCACGGAGGGAGGAGGACUGGGGGGAGGAUAACCCAUCACUUGAACUGCACUCAGAAGAUAGUAAGAACCAGGUGACGGGAAUGAAAAAAUCCAUUACGAUUACGUUAGAGAGAAUUGACAGUGGCAGUGACAAUGUUGGCUUUGAAGAGGUUGAUGAAAAUAGUGCGCUACACAAGUCUGAGUCUUGUGAUGGUGAUAUUACCAAAAGUGACUUGCAUAUUAGCAAGGCAAGCGACUCGCAAAGCUCCACUGAGAACAGCUCUAUUGAACAAAGCCUUACGGAGUGUAACCAGUUUCAUCUGCUCAGCCAUGGAGUAGCUUGUUUGACCCCACAAGGUCUUCCCCUCCAGCCUGUGCCUGAUCAGGCUUUGCUACAGAGCUCCUUGCAGGAGGCUAAAAUAGAACUAAAGGGCGACAUUCAGACACUGAGUGGUCGUUUGUCUGUCCUGGAAGCCCAGGUUGGGGAGAUUUUAAGACUGCUCUUAGAGAGGAAGAGCCGAAGCUCACCUGCACAGACUUCAACUCCAAAAACUGAACCCGACAGUCAGGACAUUUUUACAGUCUCAAGGCCUGUAACCCCAGAUGCAGACAUAGACAACGGACCUUUUUGAAUAAGUAAAAAUGCUUUGUUUAUUUCA